AAAAAGUUGUAUGAGAGAGAGUAGCUGCACCAAAAUGAGCUCCUGAAUACAUCUCAAACUUGAACCUAAAAAGUGGAACAUUUUGCAAAAUAACCGUCAAAUAAUCUUUAGAAAGGACUCUAAAGAAGAGGUAACAGCAUUUAUCAGCAAGAACAGAAUAGAUAUUAUCAUCUUUGGAUAUAACAACUAGCUAGCUGGCAAAUAAUAAAAAGUCAGACUCAGACCACGUCAUGUCUUCUGCAGAUCAGAGACGAGCCCCCACCACUGCCAAGAGGUUCUCGUCAUGUGUGUUUGUAUUGUCGUUGAUUCCACCCCCUUAGUGCCCCCUUAAUCGGGCCCCUGCCACUCUAUUUGGCCGCCGGGAGUUUUAAAAGCCAGCAGCCUGUGUGUCCGUGAAUGCGUCAUGUUGUCGCACACUGUCAAGUUAACGAUCAAGGUGAUGUUUGUGUGUGUUUUUUUUAAUCUAGGUAGGAGGUAAAGUACAAAUCGGCUGCAUUAAAACGCAAAGAGCGAGAGAGUAAGAAAAGCGGAUCAUCAAGCUAACGUUAUUGCUAGCACUACUAGCCUGACAGCGGCUAACGGCCAGACUAUCCAACCUCACUUUGCUGUGUGUUGAGCGGGACAUAAACAUCGACAAAGACAAAGUGGCACCAUGAAGGAGAGGAGGAUGAAGAUUUAAAAGGGAUCGUGAUAUGUACAAAGUCGGUUAACCUGUUGGGAUUAUUUUGUUCUAUGGAGGAUGGUGGAAGACACAAAUGGACUAAUUUACACUAAACUACAGCAGGCUGAGCAGGGACAACACUUGAUCAGGCCCUUCGUCUAUGGAACAAACAGACAGACACAUUAGUGGAGAUAUUUGGAGGCGUUGAAGGUCAUCGAGAUGAAGUCCUGAAUGCUGAUUUUGAUCUCUUGGGUGAAUAAAUGAUGUCAUGUGUGAUGGACCACUCCCUAAAACUUUGGCGGAUUAAUUCAGAGAGAAUGCAGAAAGCCGUUGGUGGAUCUUACGAGUACAACCCCUCCAAGACCAACAGGGAUGGGUCAGCUGCUGGUGUGGGAGUGGCAGAGCGAGUUGUUCGUCUUCAAGCAGCAGGGACACUUUAACAACGUGGCCUCGCUGGCUUACUCACCUGAUGGACAGCACAUCGUAACAGGAGGCGACGAUGGCAAAGUCAAAGUGUGGAACACCAACAGCGGCCUUUGCUUCGUCACCUUCACAGAGCACACCAGCAGCGUCACCAACGUCACCUUCACCUCCAGUGGCUUCGUCAUCGUCAGCGCUUCUCUGGACGGGACAGUCCGAGCGUUCGACCUGCACAGGUACCGAAACUUCUGGACGUUCACGUCGCUUCGUCCUGCGCAGUUCUCCUCCCUCGUAGUAGAUGUCAGUGGAGAGCUGGUGAGUGCAGGAGCCCAGGAUUCCUCCUCCUCUGGUCCAUGCAGACAGGCAGACUGCUGGAGGUCCUUGGGGGCCAUGAGGGUCCAGUCAGCUGCCUGUGCUUCAGUCCAGUCCAGUCCAGUCCACCUUGGCCAGAGCCUUGUGGGAUCGCACCAUCUGGCUGUGGGACAUGAUGGACAGCUGGCAGUCAAGGAAACACUUCCCCUAACCUCCGAUGGCCUGUCAGUGACUUACCGCUCUGACGGUCAAGAGUUGGCCGUGGCCACUCUGAACGGUGAGAUCUCUUUCUGGAACCCUCACACAGCCACACAAAACGGCUCAGUGGCUGGGCGCCACGACCGGCAGAUGAAACGGCAGUUUCUAACGGCAGUGUGCAGUAAAUGGUUGCCCUUUGUCUGCAUGUUUUUAAACUACUUUCCUGACCUGAUGUGCUUGAUGAUGUUAUUAAUGGUUCCUGAUGAAACUUGAAAGCUCAGCAUUCUUGUUGCCCUUUAACUUCCCUAUUGAUGUUCCCUUGAGUAUGACACUGAACCCCCCC